AAUUACGUUUACUAUCAUUUGUUAUUUACCACUUAAAUUUUAUUUCAUAUCACACUAUACGUGAAGGCCGUGGAUCGCUGUUUAUCUCAUUCGAUUUCUAACCUAAUGAAAUUAGUUUUUGGAAUGCAUGCAAGCAAACAGAUAAUAUUCCGAUCUGUUAUAACAUAAGUUUUAUUAUUUUCAAUUAAAUGUAAAUUGAUUCAUUGAGUGUGUUCGGAGCCAAUACGUCACUCGAAUAUCGGUUACGAUGAACGACCGGUCGUCAAUAAUUCGUGUUAUUGUUAUGUUUUCAAUUUUUGUUUUAUCAUUAAUCAACUGCAGUCUGCAGUUGGAACCAAAGAAGCAACCUCAUAUCAUUAUCAUCGUCGGUGAUGAUUUGGGCUGGAAUGACGUUGGUUACCACGGUUCUGUUCAAAUACCCACGCCAAAUAUCGAUGCAUUAGCAUACAAUGGUGUGAUAUUGAAUCGCCAUUACGUCCUGCCCACUUGUACUCCGUCAAGGGCUGCUUUGCUCACCGGAAAAUACCCAAUUCGUUAUGGUCUUCAAGGAACGCCUAUAAUUGCUGGUCAACCCUUAGCACUUCCAUUGACUGAAAUGAUUUUACCUCAAUAUUUGAAAAAACUAGGCUAUUCAACCCAUUUGGUGGGAAAAUGGCAUUUGGGUUCAUAUCAAAAAAAUUUCCUUCCCACAAGAAGAGGAUUUGAUACCCAUAUGGGUUAUUGGAAUGGAUACAUCAGUUAUAGAAAUAGCACUCAUAAUGCGUAUUCAAUGACCGGCAAAGACGCUAGACGUGGGUUUAAUAAGUCAGGGGAUGAGAUGGUCGAUCGAUAUGCAACUGAUGUUUUCACAGAAGAAGCUUUGAAGAUUAUUGAGUUGUCCAAGUACCAAGAAAAUCCAAUGUUUUUAAUGUUGAGUCAUUUAGCCGUCCAUUCAGGAAAUGCAGGUCCAAAUUUAUUGGAGGUUUCAAACAAAACAUAUAACGAAAUAAGGUUCAAUUAUAUUACAAAUGAAAGUAGAAGAAUGUAUGCAGGAAUGUUGACGUCAUUGGACGAUUCAGUUGGUAGUAUAAUUGAAUCGUUGAAUAAAAAUGAAAUGUUAGAAAACUCAAUUAUAUUGUUUAUGUCCGAUAAUGGUGCACCAAGUGAGGAUCCGAUAUGGGGUCAUGGAAAUUUCGGAUCCAAUUGGCCUUUAAGAGGAGAAAAAGGAUCAAUACUUGAUGGUGGAGUACGUGGAGUAGCCGCAAUAUGGAGUCCAGAGUUGAGCAAAAAACAUCGUGUUUCUGAAAAUUUGUUUCACAUAACUGAUUGGUUGCCUACUUUGUAUACUGCUGCAGGUGGUAAUGUUGAAGACUUGGGUCAAAUUGACGGUGUCAAUCAGUGGACAAGCUUAACAAAUACUUCUGAACAAAUGAGAUCAAAGAUUCUAAUUAAUAUUAAUGAGAAAAUUGGAGAAGAAGCAUUGAUUUUUAAACAAUGGAAAGUUGUAAAAAGUAAUCGCACAAGUGGUUUUUCUUAUUUCCUCAGAUAUAGCGGCGAUCCUGGUAACAAAGGGCCGGAUUAUAAUAUGUCCAACGUAGUAAAUAGUCUUGCUGGGUCGCAUCUAUCGAAAAUAAAUUGCAUGGUUUCCAAAAAAGACUGCACGGACGCGAUGACCACGCGCAAUUUGUUUUACAACGUUCGCUCACAAGCUACAAUUAUAAACAAGUGUACAGAACGCAUUUCCCAUUUGAACCCUAAAGAUGAACACUACGAAUGUUUUGAUGGUUAUUGUUUGUUCAAUGUAUAUCAAGAUCCUUGCGAGUAUCGGAACGUGGGUAUACAACACGAGGACAUUUUGAACACAACAAUAUAUAUGCUGGAUCGGUUCAGAAAGGAAUUGGUAAAGCAAAGUUCACCGUCCAUCGACUUAAACUCAGACCCUCAUAACUAUGACGGAUAUUGGGAAACAUGGUUAGAACCUAAAAGUCAGCGGAAUUUUGCGCAUCAAAAGUAAAAGAAACCGUUGUUAUGUUUUUACUUAUUUCAAUUGUUUUUUUCCCUUUAUAUUUUGAAAUGUAAUUCUGUUUUAUGUGAUUCACAUUUAUUUCAAUACAUUUUGAGUAAAUGUCACCUGUUUUGCUGUAUGAUGUAACAAAGUCACUGCUAUUAUUUUUAAAGUCUAUGUAAGCAAUAAGUAUGUUUCCGAAAAUAUAAAUUUCAAGAGAACUGUUCUAAAAUUAAAAAAACCUACUGACGUAAUUUCCAAUACGAUUUAAUAAAAUACAAGUUUCUAUUUUUAUUCAUUCAAUAUUUUAUUGUGUGUUAAUAAUUUUAUUGAAGUAGAAUUAUACGAUGGUCUUGAUGAGUGAUUAAAAUAAAGAAAAAACUAUAAAUUA